AUGGGUCUUUAUAGCAAGCUGGCCGACCACAUUGAGGAGGUGGAUGUAAUCAUCGCAGGAGGAGGAACAGCAGGUUGUGUUCUUGCUGGCCGACUAGCAGCCGCCGCACCAGAACUCUCAAUCCUCGUUAUCGAAGGCGGAACAAACAAUCGCAAUGUCCCCAACGUCGUUCAUCCAGCGUUUUUCCUAGAUCACCUUGCUCCCGAAAGUAAAACCGCAAUCUUUUACCAGGCCAACAAAUCCGACAAGCUGGCAGGCCGCAGCCCUAUUGUGCCGGCUGGGGGUAUCCUGGGUGGUGGUUCCUCUAUCAACUUCAUGCUUUACACCCGUGCCCAAAAAUCCGAUUUCGAUUCCUGGAAGACUCCGGGCUGGUCAUCCCAAGAUCUCCGGCCGCAUCUUAACCGCUUUGAGACGUACCACGGCAAUGGCGACAAGGCUGAUCACGGCACUUCGGGCCCUGUGCACAUUUCCUCGGGCGGCUUCCGCGUGCCAGGAGCCGAAGACGAUAUCCUUGCCGCGGCGAAGCAGAAGGGAUAUCCUGAAAUUCGUGAUCUGCAGAACCUGGAAGCAAACAACGGUUACGAGCGCUGGAUGCGCUACGUCUCACCCGAUGGUAAAAGACAGGAUUCCGCCCACACUUUCCUGCAUCCGCUACUUGAGGACGGCAAACACCCCAACCUCCACGUGCUUGUGGAGUCAAAGGUUGUGAGAGUGUUAUUCGAUGAUAACAAGCGCGCUGUGGGCGUGGAGUAUACGCCGAACCCUGAUUACCAGGCUGUGCUGAACACGACACGGCAUCCUAUCCGAAGUGUGAAGGCAAGGAAACUGGUUGUCGUUUCCUGCGGUGCAUGCGGCACGCCCCCUGUUCUUGAGCGAUCCGGAGUCGGCAACAGGAAGGUGCUGGAAAAAGCCGGCAUUCCCGUUGUUUCCGACCUUCCCGGUGUAGGACAUGACUAUCAGGACCAUCAUCUAAUUUUGUAUCCUUACAAGGCAGCGCUGAAGCCUGACGAGACGCUUGACGAACUCUUCAGCGGACGCACGAGCCACGAAGAUGCUAUUGCACAGAAGCACAAGAUGCUCGGCUGGAAUGGUGUAGAUAUCGUCAGUAAGAUUCGUCCUACGGAGGAAGAGAUCGAUAAGCUCGGUCCUGAGUUCCGGAAAGCGUGGGACAAGGACUUCAAGGAUAGUCCCAACAGGCCACUCAUGCUCAGCGGUUUCCUGCACGGUUUCCUGGGAGAUCAUUCCGCGAUCCCUAAAGGGCAAUAUACUACCAUCGCAAACUACACCGCGUACCCCUACUCCCGCGGUAGCAUCCACAUCACAGGCCCCUCGGUGACUGACCCCCUCGACUUCAAUGCAGGCUUCCUCUCAGACGCAAACGACAUUGACCUGCAGAAGCACGUUUGGGCCUACAAACACUCACGAGAGGUAGCUCGUCGCACGGCUCUUUACCGCGGCGAGGUGGCUGGUGGUCACCCAUCUUUUCCCGCCGGCUCCAAAGCUGGCCUCAUCGACAACGUCUCUGUAGACGCACAUAAGAGUGUUACAGACCUUGAGUAUUCCGCAGAAGACAACAAGGCUAUCGAGCAAUUCGUGAGAGAGAACCUCAACACGACGUGGCACUCGCUCGGCACGGCCAAGAUGGCGCCGCGGGCCGACAAGGGUGUCGUUGACUCGUCACUGAGUGUGUAUGGUGUGGAGGGGCUCAAGCUUGUUGAUUUGAGCAUUUGCCCCGAGAAUGUCGGGGCCAAUACGAACAAUACUGCUUUUGUGGUCGGCGAGAAAGCGUCGGACAUCAUUGCCAAGGAGUUGGGCAUCAUCUUGACACCUAAGCUGUGA